AUGACCUACACCAUGUCUUGUGACCCAAAUGUUGUUCAGAUUAUUGGGUCUGAUAACUGCGUUAAUUACUUUGUUUCUGCUUUAAAUCUCAUAAUGGAUGAGUUGCCAAACUAUUCAACGAAACAGUUUGAAGAGCCUAUGAUAUCCAAUUUCAUUACUCUUUAUGCAGUUUUAUGGAAUGUGACCGACAAAAGCUGUGAUGUAUGUAACCGUUUUGUACUGGCAGACGCGUAUAUAACUAUGUGGAAACUGCUUUCCAAAGAGGAACUCUCUUCCGCCUUCUACAAAUAUACCAAUGCUAGGCUGCUCGUUCACUGUUCCCUGGGUAUACUUCACAAUUUACUUCUGUACUGUCCUCGAGCACGGGAUGACUACCGCGCUUGUGGUGGUGUGAAAAUUUUGGAUCCAUACGUUGUUGACGCUUAUGUCUCGGAGAAUUAUGACUAUGACUUGCUUAUUUCUUUGAAGACGGCUGCUCUUUUUACUUUGGCUGCGAUUGUGAAUGAAAAUGAGAACAUCUCUAUCAUUACAACGGACCAAGGUGUGCUAACUUAUAUUCUUUCAGCACUGCGGGACUCUUUACAAUCACCACCCGACUAUUAUUCGACAAAUUAUGGUUAUCACGCAGCUGAGGUUUUUGGGUGUCUCAGCUGUCUAGCUAGUCUUGAAUCGAAUAAAAGAAGCCUUUUUGAAAACAAUGCUUUGGAGCUUAUAUCCACUGCUCUUCAGAUCACACUGAUGGUGAAGAAUGGUUCGAUUAAAAUGGUUCCCAAAACAUCGACAAGCUCAAGAGACAGCUACAAGUUUUCUGAAGACGUGUUGGCAAAAGAAGCUAUUGAUUUACUAUGGCACUUAACCUGCCUUCCUGAGGCUCGUGAUCAACUCAAAGAAACAUCAGAUUUGUACAAACUUUGCGCUCAAUUCAAUGACGUAAAAUGGACGGCUGAAUGUCGGAAGUCAGUGCAGGCACUGCUUUGUACGCUCUCACAGCAGCGAAACUGGUUGGAUGAGUGUGGAAAUCUUGAUACUUCUGCAAUUACUGCAUCUCCAAAACCACGCGGUCAUGUGAUGAUAAGCUACAACAACAUGGCGCAGAAUCUUGUAUCCAAGCUGAAGGAAGCCCUCACUUUACGGGGCUGGAAUGUGUGGAUUUUUACUGAGCAUUGCCAGCAUGGGUCAUUUCUAGAACAAAUGGCCGAAGCAGUUUUCGAUUCUGCCGCGUUGAUCCUCUGUUUGAGUUCCUUCUACAACAAUUCCUGCCACUGUAUCAAGGAAGUGAUAUCAGCCUAUGAGUAUCGCAUACCCCUGCUACCAGUAGUAGUGGAGAGCGACUACGUUCCAAUCAAUUUUCUUCGCUUUCUCCUCACUGGAGUGCAACCAAUCCAGCUCUACAAUGACUAUCAGGUGGAUGAUGCGGCAGACAGGUUGACAGAGCAACUACGGUGCUAUGGAGUGAUGCGAGAGGGUACCAACGUGAGCCAAUCGCGCCCUUCACCGUGCUGCUCCUCCCAGCCCAGUUCAUUUCCCUCCAUAUCGGCAGACGCCGUCAAGAGGCAUCAGCGGUCUCGCUCUGACUGCCUUAACGGUAUAUUUGCAAAUCGCGACUCCUCCAAGCCAACACAAUCAUCCAUUUCAACGGGUAGGGCUCAGUUUUGCCCUUCAGCACAUUAA